AAAUCUCGUAAUCUAGGAUCUAGAUACUCGUGGCAUGGCCGCGCAUGGCUCGUACUCGACUGUUGUCAUAAACAUGCUUUCGCGUAUUUAAAGUUUUUCAAUUAUGGAUACGAAUAAGUCGAAAAAUAAUAAAAAAGGCGAAAGCCAUGAAGCCAGGAAUAACAAAAAUAACUCAACAGCUCAAAAAAAACCUUUCGACAAGAAAAAAUAUAGAUUACAAAAAUAUAGUAACAAGUACAAAGUUGAUCAGUGGGAGGAUCGACGGAAAAAAGCUGUUUUACGUAAUUUUUACAAGGAUCUCCGGAAAGAACAGGGCACCAUACCUGACACAUUGAAACUUCUGAAAAAGCCAGAGGAUGGUUCAGUUGAAAACAGAAGCAGCGUCAAGAAAAAGAGUCCGUUUUUUGCUGCGAAAGAAGAAUUUAGAAAGAAGAAAGCCGAAAAACAGGCAAAGAAAGAACUUUUGCUCAAGUCAAAAGAAGAACGAGCUGAAGCAUUGAAUAAAUAUAAGGAAAAAAAAAAGGAAACCUACAAAAAAUUAUCAAAAAAAACAAAAAAAGGUCAGCCUGUAAUGAAGGACAGAUUAGAAAUGUUGCUGGAAAAAAUUAAACAAUCGACCAGCACAGAAUGAUGAGGUUUUAUUAAACAUUGUGUACAGUUUGUUCAGUUACAAAAAAAAGAAAAGAGCAAUAAAACAUAAGACUUUAUUUGCACA